GGCAAACACGUAGUGGCGCAACUGACCGUGAUUGUCGCCAGCUGAAACAUCAUGUAAGGAUGCUGUGUGGUUUUACGACUGCCAUCAAAAUAAACCCGGCAAAUCGAUGAAAUUUGAAGCUGCAUGACGAUGCCUGGCGCGCUGGAUCCAGAAUCAGCUGGCAGGAUGAACUGAGACAUUACGCACAAGAGCGUGCCACGGGGCAAACGCUUGGUCUGAGCUCGGUGGGAAUCAUUUCUGGAACGACACAACUUGGUGAUGAUGUCUCAAUGAGGAAUGUGACUGCGUCUGACUCGAUCCAAACGGGGUUGAUGAAGCCCUUGGCGGUGUCAUGCGUCUUGCCCUGCAGCCAAGCGCGCAACCCUUGCGGCUCAUAGUUGUGUUCCUCCUCGCCACGAGGGUCGUCACUUCCCCGGUCAUCUCCACUGGUUGCCCGUUCAAGUGUGUGUGUGAUGACCAACUGGUGGUCCAGUGCGCCGGGCAGCACCUGACCACCUUCCCUGUCAAUUUGCCGCUGGCAACGCGGCAGCUCAUCAUUUCCAACAACCGCAUCGUGGAGCUGCCGCCUCUCGCGCUUAACUACCUCUCCGACCUGGUGUACCUGGAUUGCAGCAACAACUCCCUCACGGAAAUAUCAGAGUCCACGUUUGGAAAUCUUCGUAAACUGGCCUACCUGGACCUCUCCUUCAACACCUUAAUCCGGAUCGAGGACAGGACGUUCGGCCCCCUGGCGAGCCUGGUGAUGCUGAGGAUGACGGACAACCCGGGACUCUUUGAGAUUCACCCGGACGCUUUUGCGGAGAAUGAGGCCCUACAGGUGCUCGAUGUGAGCCGGAACAACCUGACGGUCCUCAACAUCACCUCCCUGCUCGCGCUGCCUGCCCUGCGCUCCGUGGGGCUCAGCGGGAACCCGUGGAGCUGCGAAUGCGACAACGAGGACCUCUGCUUGUGGGUCCACCUGGAGAGCUUCAAGUUCCAAGAUGAGGGCCAGACAGUGUGUGGUUCACCCGCUGACAUGCAAGGCCGCCGUCUGGGUGAAGUGGGCAUCCAGCUACGAACGUUAUGUCACCAGACUCUGGGCUCCUUGGACUACCUUUUCUUUGUUGUCAUUGGCUUUGUCAUCUUUGCUGCUGGCACAGUGUCGGCCUGGUUGAUGGGUGUCAUCAUGGUACUCUACGAGCGCUACAUCAAGAAGAAGGAAGAGCAGCUUGAAGUGGAGGAAGAGGAAGAAAGCAAUGAGACAGGUCAUACACCAAGAGCCAGAACAGACCGUGACAACAGAAGUUUAAAACCUUCACACACUGUUUAAAAGACUUAAUCCCACCCUGUCCGCCAUUGAUUCCUACAGUGCCUCUUGUCAGCCUCUAUAACUGUCUGUGAAGUUUAAUGUAAUAAUCAAAUUGAGUCUGUUUAACAGAUUUGGCUUCCAAACAAAGAAAUGGGAUUCAACAAUGAUAAGGAAUGUCUUUCUAGUCAUUUAUGGUGGGCUUAUGGGUGAUGUAACACAUUUUGUAGUCACUACAGUGGAGGUCCCCUGUGCUGGGUGAUACAUAGACCAUAUAUGCAAAUGUUUGACUUUGUAUGAUGCUGAUUUCUGUGCUGUGUUUGAGUGAGAACAAAUCCAUGUCAGUAAAAAUGGUCUUCUCUCUCGGAGGCAGCUAGCCAGCCAUGUUAUUAAAGAGCUCAUAUUGUGAUUUACAGCUACAUAAUUUUGAUUUUGAGAUAUACUUUUAUGCUUUACUUUUUAACAAAAUACAAUAUAUUCCCAUACACUACACUCUUGCAUCACCUGUUGUCAUCUUCUCUGUUAUGAAAGGUUCAGUCUGCUCUAAUUGGUCUGUUGAUUGGUCAAUAUGCAAAUAUGUUUCAUGGUGAUAUUGUCCACUUAAGGAAGAAAAACCUGUAUUGAAAUUUAAUUUCAGGUAGAGCUGGCCAGAGUUUUCUUAGGGAGAGAAUUACUUAUUUUCAUUGAGGUCUUUUGAUUUUGUUACUCUGCAUAUUACACAUCUAAUGCAGUGGAAAGUUCGAAACCCAAAGAGUAUGAAAGCACCUCUUUAACAUUACACACAUAAAGGCUUGUAUAUUUUAAUCUGUGUGCAUUCAUAAAAUCUGGACAGAGCAGGAUGGUAAGAACUGUCCUUAGCAAGAAACCAU